AUGAAGACUCUUCUCCUUUUGGCUACACUUUUCAUCGGAGCAUAUGCUCAGUUCACAUCCAAUGGACAAGCUGCUAUCCUGAAUGUUCAUAACACUCUCCGUUCGAAAAUUGCACAGGGUAAAUAUGUGGCGAAGGGAACAACCAAACCAGCCGGAAACAAUAUUCUCAAGAUGAAAUGGGAUACCGCCACCGCUACAUCAGCCCAGAACUAUGCCAAUACCUGCCCAACCGGACAUUCCGGAGCCGCUGGACUUGGAGAGAAUCUUUAUUGGUCAUGGACAUCCGCCACAAUCACUAACAUUGAUUCAUACGGAGCUGCCGCUUCUGCUGCCUGGGAGAAAGAAUUCCAAGAUUUUGGAUGGAAGACAAAUCUUCUCGAUAUGGCUCUCUUCAAUACUGGAAUUGGACACGCCACUCAAAUGGCUUGGGCCAAAACAAAUCUCAUUGGAUGUGGAGUCAAGAAUUGUGGAAAGGACCCAAAGAAUGGAUUGAACAAGGUUGCCGUCGUUUGUCAAUAUAAGCCACAAGGAAAUUAUUUGAAUCAGAACAUCUACACAACUGGAGCAACAUGCUCUGCUUGCCCAACUGGAACCAAAUGUGAGACAGCUUCCGGACUCUGCAUUUAA